AAGAGGCAGAAUAAUAACAUGAGGGGGUAAACUUGUAGAAGCUGCAGCUUGCUCAGUGUCCUUUGGAGAUAACUUGGACUCACCCGAAAGCUUUCACCAUGGUCGACGCCUUCUGUGCCACUUGGAAACUGGUUGACAGUGAGAAUUUCGAUGACUACAUGAAAGCGCUGGGUGUGGGCUUUGCCACCAGGCAGGUCGGUAAUGUGACCAAACCGACUCUGAUCAUCAGCCAGGAGGGAGACAAGGUGGUGAUCCGCACCCAGAGCACCUUCAAGAACACGGAGAUCUCCUUCAAGCUGGGAGAGGAGUUUGACGAAACCACCGCGGACGACAGAACCUGCAAAUCCACAGUGUCUCUGGAUGGAGAUAAGCUGGUGCACGUCCAGAAGUGGGACGGCAAAGAGACCAAGUUCGUCAGAGAAAUCAAGGACGGCAAGAUGAUCAUGAAUUUGACCUUUGAAGAUAUCCAUGCAGUGCGUACCUACGAGAAGGCAUGAGCGCCCCGACGGACACCGUCCCAAACCGGCCAUGAAGUGUUGAUUUUUUAAUUAUUGUUUGACUGUAUGCUUCUCUUUGCACUUCAUCCUGCUCCACAUGUACAAGGCCUGCAAGCUGCACAUGUUUUGUAAGAAUUUUUUUUUUUUUUAUAUGAAUACAUUUCUGUCACGGUGGAUGGAUCGUCUUUGCAACCCUGUGUGAAACAUCAGAUGAAUAAAUAAAAUUUAAAAAAUAACACAGAGAA